UACAAAACAAAAUUAAUAAAAUCCGGAGAAUUUGGCACUUAUCUUGAAUGCCGCGCACUUUCAGAAUUAGCUCACAUUAAUGUUAAUCUUGUUAGGUUGUUUAACAGUAAUUAUUAUUUUGAAACUUAUCAAUGGCGCGAAGAUGCUUCAACAAUUUGGCUUUUAUUUACUGGAACUGAAAAUUCAAGUGGUCAUUUUCAACUACUGAUACCUACGUCUGAUCCUAUUACAGACUCGUGCAUAAUUGCGAAGAAAAUUGAUCGCGUUCAAAAUGUGGGCUCCGUUGACAAUAGAAUAAUUUCAGAAGUAAAUAAUAAUGAUACAGUGGAUCAAGGUACUGAAACCGUCAGUGAAAAUUUUUCAGAAGUAAAUAAUAAUGAUACAGUGGAUCAAGAUACUGAAACCGAUAGUGAAAUUUUUUCGGAAAUUAGUGCGGAAGAGAGUAUAGAAACUAUUAAAAAAAUUUUUCAAUCGCGAAGUGAACCCAAAAAAAAGAAAGCUUUAACCUUAGAAGAAAAAAGAAUGGUUUUGCGAGUAAAAACUUUUUUCGAAAUCGAAAAACAAACUUUAAAAAACAAUGCUAACAUUUGCCGGAAAACUGCAGAAGCUUUGGAUAUUUCAGAAGGCACUGUAAAAAACGUUUCAAGGGAAGCAGCAAAAGGAGAGUUGCAAAAACCCCAUCAAAAGAGUGGGAGACCUUCCCUUGUUGUGGAUAAUUUUUUUUUGGAGUGAUUCGGAGAAAAAUUUUUGAUUUUUAUAUGAAAAAGACAUUUCCAACCCUGAAUAUUCUCCUCGCCGCUUUACAACAGGAUGUUCCAGGAUGUAACAUUUCGAGAACAACAUUGUGGAGAACUUUAAAACAUCAUAAUUUUGUUUACGGAAAAUUGAAGAAAAAGCCUGUGUUAAUGGAAAGUUCUACUGUGGCAAACAUUCGAAUGGAAUAUUUAAGAUCCAUUAAAUCUUAUAGGGAUUCAAAUUGGUCUAUUUAUUUCUUAGACGAAACUUGGUGUGGUGCCAAUCACACACUUCAGACGGGGUGGAUGGAACAUGUGACUGAAAAUCGACGGGAUAAUUUUGAUGAAUAUCGUUUCGGUGUGCAGCAAAUAGAUGGCUAUCGAGGUGGUUUCGUAACUCCUUGCGGUGCAGGAAAGAGAGUUAUCAUCUUGCAUGUCGGAAACGAAAAUGGCUUUGUCGAUGGAUGCAUGAAUUGCUUUAUAGGACAGAAAGGGUCAUCAGAUUAUCAUCAAGAGAUGAAUGCUAAACAUUUCGAGGAAUGGUUUAGAAAUCUGUUGGCAAAGGUGCCAAAGGAUUCGGUUAUAGUGCUUGAUCAGGCCCCUUAUCACACCAUGAUUGAUCCCGAAUUUCGUAAUGUCACCACAAAAUGGAAAAAACAAAGCAUCAUCGACUGGUUGAUUCGACGAGGCGUUCAAUAAAAUGAAAAGAGAUGAAUUGUACAAAUUAUCACAGGAGCAUCGAUAUCCGAAGAUUUAUCUCCUUGAAACGAUAACAAAGGAAUUGAGGGGUAAUGAUGUAAAAUUGUUGUGGAUGCCAGUAGCUCAUUGUGAGCUAAACCCCAUUGAACUCAUCUGGGCACAUGUUAAGAGACAGGUGGCAACUAAUAAUAAAACAUUCAAAAUUAAUGAUGUUUUGGAGCUAUGUAAGGAGCACAUGAACACAGUUCCAUCAUCAUUGUGGCCAAACUGUGUCCGACACGCUAGAGAAAUUGAGGAUCAAUAUCGAGGACAGCACAAUGACGUAGACCGGUUUAUAAGUCCCUUGAUAAUAAAUGUGGGAGCAGAAGACAGUGAUACCGAUGACGAAGAAUUUGAUAUCGAAGACGAUGUUUUAGUAUCUGCAGAAUUUGAAGGCGUUUGAAAAAUAAAAGAA